CAAAGAACGACACAAGGACAUAAAUCCUUUGUCCCGUUACAUCUUCUUGGUACUCAAAUGUCAAUGUUGGCCAGUUUUGAAUUGGCACUCGAACAAUAUGGUUCUUACAAUUGUUGUGUGCAUAUCCACCAUUCUGGUCUUUGAUGUAUCUUGUCUACCCAAUGGGGCCCAUCCCAAUGCUUGUGUGGAUAUGGUACCCGGUCAUAUCCCCAAUCAGGCUACUGGACCUGCUCCGUUCCAAAUUCGAGCCAUGCCCAUGAAUAAUGGCCAAGUUAUGGUUCAUGUGAAUGCCACCUCUGACGUGGAUUUCAAGGGUUUUAUGAUUAUGGCCAAGGACGAGUCAAGCCAAGAGCGCGGUCAUGGCUACUUCAUUGCUACGCCAGAUUCGAAAAAGAUCGCUCGUCACAUGAAUUGUGAGGGCUUCCCAAAGAGCUGCAACGAUCCGGCAGCGUGUCAAGGCACGGCUAAUGCUCUCACUCAUUCGAGUAACGAAUUCAAAAAGAGCGUGACAGCCGUUUGGACCCCGCCAACUCAAAUGUCAGGGCAUGAUAUUAUCUUCGUGGCCACAGUUGUGGUCAAGUUCGACACCUGGUAUGAAGGCCUCGCCUCAAAUUCCGUUCUUGUUUAAUUAACGAGCUUAAAUAUUUAAUAAAAGUGUUUAUAUAUUCCACUGA